AUGGCCAUCCCUGCCAAGUGUCACAAGCUUCAAGAUGACGAGAUUCUGCAGCGCUCGUCUCAGGUGGUUUCGGUCAUUGGUGAUCGAGUCUACGUCUUUGGCGGAGAGUUGCGGCCUCGUGAGCCGAGAGACAAUGAUGUCCACGCCGUGACGUUGCACGACAAUGCUACCGCGGAGAUACUUUCCCAGCCCGCAGCUUCCCUCUCGCCCUCUGCGCGCGUGGGAACCGCAUCUGCAGCACUCAAUGGCAAAAUGUACCUUUUCUCCGGAAGAGGUGGCGUCGCUAUGGCUCCCAUCGACGAGCAGGGUUCAAUCUGGGAAUAUGAUCCCUCGACUACGAGCUGGUGUCUGAUCCAACCCUCAAUGACCGGAUCCACUGCUGUCCCCGCCGCCCGAAGCUAUCAUUGCAUGGCAAGCGACGGGAAAGACACACUCUACGUCCACGCCGGAUGUCCCGAAUCAGGCCGACUGUCAGACCUGUGGUCUUUCAGCGUCUCACGCAGAGAAUGGAGAGAAUGCGAAGCUGCGCCUGGGCCGCCUCGCGGCGGAACCUCGAUCGCAUUCACGAACGGCAAACUGUACAGGAUGAACGGGUUUGAUGGGAAGACGGAGCAGGGCGGAAAUCUAGACAUUUACACCCCAGAAAGUAACACCUGGGAGACACAUGUCUACUCUGCUGAUGGUGAGCACGGUCCGUCGCCUCGGAGCGUGAGUGCUCUGCUUCCGAUCAGUGUGCGAGGUCGCUCGUACUUAGUUACUCUGUUUGGAGAGCGGGAUCCGAGCUCUCUUGGACAUCAGGGCGCUGGGAAGAUGUUGAGCGAUGUGUGGGCAUUUGACCUUGAGAGAAAGAAUUGGGAAACCGUGGAGCUGCAAGGCACCAAGUCUCCGGUCGCCAGAGGCUGGUUUGAUGCCGAUGUCAUGUCCUCGAGUGCGGUCAUUGUUCAUGGUGGGCUGGGAGAGUCAAAUGAGCGGCUUGGCGACCUCUGGAAAUUGGAAUUUGUGUAA